GUCGAUCUCGACUUGAAAACUACAGCCUUCAACAUCUGUUCUUCGUCCUGGCUUCUUGUGUCAUUAGCUUACUUUCAAGUCGCCGAUUUGAUUAUUUCGCCUUCUGUCCGCACUCCUCACACCGUCGCCAUGACUCAAGUCGACAACUCAGAUGCCCCUCAGGAUGAUUAUGAGGAAAUGCCUGGAGGACCAGGCGCUCCUAUUCCGGUCUCGCAGCUGCUGGGUCUCGCAGGUUUGACCGACAGAGACAUCAAACUCGUGGUUGAAGGUGGCUUUCACACAGUGGAAGCAAUAGCAUAUACACCACGACGUGCACUCGAACAGAUCAAGGGCAUCUCUGAAGCAAAGGCUAGUAAGCUGCUCAAUGAAGCAAUGAAACUCGUCCCAAUGGGUUUCACUACCGCCACAGAAAUGCACGCACGUAGAAGCGAACUUAUCUCCAUCACUACCGGCUCGAAGAAUCUCGACCGCUUGCUAGGAGGAGGCGUUGAAACUGGCUCCAUUACCGAGAUCUUUGGCGAAUUCAGAACUGGAAAGAGUCAGAUUUGUCACACCCUGGCAGUUACUUGCCAACUCCCCUUUGACAUGGGUGGAGGAGAAGGGAAAUGCCUCUAUAUCGACACGGAAGGCACCUUCAGACCGAUUCGUCUGCUUUCAGUAGCCAACCGUUAUGGUCUCGAGGGGGAGGAAGUUCUGGACAAUGUUGCUUAUGCCCGAGCAUACAACUCCGAACACCAGCUGCAAUUGCUUCAACAGGCGUCGCAGAUGAUGUGCGAGACGCGAUUUUCCCUUCUCAUCGUCGACUCGGCCACGUCGCUAUACCGAACAGAUUACAAUGGGAGAGGAGAACUAUCAUCAAGACAGUCGCACAUGGCCAAGUUUUUGCGAACUCUACAACGGUUGGCAGAUGAGUUUGGAAUCGCCGUGGUCAUCACCAACCAAGUGGUUGCACAGGUGGACGGUGGACCCAGUGCGAUGUUCAAUCCCGACCCCAAGAAACCUAUUGGCGGCAAUAUCAUCGCUCAUGCAAGUACCACCAGACUCAGUCUGAAGAAGGGACGAGGAGAAACUCGAAUUUGCAAGAUUUAUGACAGUCCCUGCUUGCCUGAGAGCGACACCUUGUUUGCAAUCUACGAGCACGGUAUUGGCGACCCUCAACCCAAGGACGACAAGGAGUAAGCGCCCACCACGCGAAGGAUGUACACUUAUCGAGAUGAGAUACGGAUAUGGGUAUGGUUUAUGGGUUCAUGCUCGUGCAUAGCGUUUGGCGUCGGUGGAGUUUUCGAUGGAGCACUGCGCAGAGCCAAGAUCAGUUCGGAGCAGACGGCAGCUGAGGGAUCGAGCCAAGCAGCGUGGCUGAUGGCCAUUAUGGUGGUUAGAGCGAAUGGGAAGCGAGCUUUUUGAGAGCAACCAGCCAGAAACCAGGUUUUUUGGCUGGCGAUGUUUGCCGAUCUCGAAGCACGCAAACAGCUGGUCUUCUCGUCGUGCCGUGGUAGUGUCGGAACACAAAGCUUUCAUUUGCCCAAGGAGGGUGGAAGGGUACGGUAAUGGAAAGUUGUAUGCUCAAUCUACGCGUGGACGAGGCUCGCUGUUGCUUGGCGC